AUGUCCCUUACGACUGUUCCCAAUCCAGUCUACUAUAACCAGGAAAAAGAGAAAAUCCAAGAUUUUUUGUCGAAAUUCAAGGAUGACACCGCCGACCUAGUGUCCGAGUUCGCCAACAUCGAGAUCGACGAGAAUACUAGCAAUGUACCCGCAGAGGUUCAGGGUCUCAAGUAUAUGAAGCAGCUGCAACGCGUUGCGAACCGGGAGCAACAGAUGUUACAGAUCGACUUGGAGGACAUUUAUACACAUGAGGGCACGACGGGGGAACUUGUCGCCCGAAUACGAGCCAACACACACCGAUAUGUCAAGCUUUUCAGCGAAGUUGUGGACACCCUGAUGCCACUUCCGACGAAAGACAUCAGUGAACACGACGAAGUCAUCGAUGUCAUUAUUCACCAGCGUCGCGAAAGGAAUGAACAAAUUGAAGACUCACAGGGCCAAUUCCCUGUCCAUCUCUUACGACGAUAUUCUCUCUACUUCAAACCGCUCAAGAGCGACGUGGCGCUCGCCGUUAGGGAUGUCCGUGGCUCCAACCUGGGUCAACUUAUAACCGUUCGGGGCAUCGUGACGCGCGUGUCAGAAGUCAAACCACUGCUGCAAGUCAACGCCUAUACCUGUGAAGUUUGCGGCUCGGAGACCUUCCAGGAUAUCUCAAACAAAACUUUCACCCCCAUUGCCGACUGCCAAAACGCCAAUGAAUGCCUCAAGAAUGGCGUCCGUGGUUCUCUCCAUAUGCAAACGAGGGCCUGUAGGUUCAGCCCAUUCCAAGAAGUCAAGAUCCAGGAAAUGGCUGAUCAAGUCCCGGUCGGUCAUAUACCUCGGUCUAUGACCGUCCAUGUUAACGGACCCUUGACUCGCACCAUGAAUCCAGGUGACGUCGUUCACCUCGGCGGCAUCUUCCUUCCCGUCCCAUACACUGGCUUCCAAGCUAUCCGAGCUGGUCUACUGACCGACACCUACCUCGAAACUCACCACGUUCACCAGUUGAAGAAGCAAUACACCGAAAUGGAGACCACGCCGGAAAUCGAACAGACCCUCAAUGACCUUGCCAACAACCCGCAGCUGUACUCGACUCUCGCUCAGAGCAUCGCCCCCGAGAUAUACGGUCAUGAAGACGUCAAAAAGGCGCUGCUACUGUUGCUCGUUGGAGGUGUCACCAAGGUCACGGGCGACGGAAUGAAGAUUCGUGGAGAUAUCAAUAUUUGCCUCAUGGGUGAUCCCGGUGUUGCCAAAUCGCAGUUACUCAAGUAUAUCUCCAAGAUUGCUCCUCGAGGAGUCUACACCACAGGCAAGGGCUCCUCGGGCGUUGGACUCACUGCUGCUGUCAUGCGGGAUCCUGUGACGGAUGAGAUGGUCCUCGAGGGUGGUGCUCUCGUCCUCGCAGACAACGGCAUUUGCUGCAUUGACGAAUUUGACAAAAUGGAUGAAUCCGACCGCACGGCUAUUCACGAAGUCAUGGAGCAGCAAACCAUCUCCAUCUCCAAGGCGGGCAUUUCAACUACACUCAACGCUCGCACUUCCAUCCUUGCUGCUGCCAACCCCCUCUUCGGGCGCUACAACACCAAAGCGACCGUCAUCGAAAACGUUAAUCUCCCCGCUGCGCUACUUUCGCGUUUCGAUCUCCUCUUCCUAAUUCUUGACAAGCCUUCGCGAGAUGCGGAUGAACGCCUUGCCGAGCACGUCACCUUCGUCCACAUGCACAAUCGACACCCUGAACUUGAGCACGAUGUUGUCCCACCUCACAUUAUUCGGCACUUCAUUGCACGAGCAAGGCAAAAACGACCGACCGUUCCUCCUCAUGUCUCUAGCUACAUCGUCGACUCAUACGUCCGCCUUCGCAAAUUGGCCAAAGACGAGGCGAAUAACAAGACUCAGACCUACACCUCCGCUCGGACCCUUCUCGGUGUUUUGCGUCUGGCCCAGGCUUUGGCCCGGUUGCGACUCGCAGACGAAGUCGUCCAGCCCGAUGUCGAUGAGGCCCUCCGACUGAUGGAGUGCAGCAAGGACAGUCUACAGGACGAAGACGAGGAAGCUCAUGAACACGACCGAUCCGUCGCCAGUCAAAUUUACCGGCUCAUUCGCGGUAUGUUGAGUAGGAAGACGAAACCCCUUCCUCGACGUUUCGGUCGGGGCCCUGGAAGAGAGCGGGACAUGGAUGUGGAUUCGGACGAGGAAGAUGAUGAUACACUCUCCAUGGUGGAUGUCCGCGCGCGGGUCUUAAAUGCUGGAUGGACCGAGGCUCAGUUGAUGGAUUGCAUCCAUGGCUACGAGGAGCUCGAAGUCUGGACACGGAUUGCAAACGGCUCCAAGCUUCAAAUUCUUGGAGCCGACUAA